GGAAGUUCUGCCAUUAUUAAUACCGCGCAAAAAAAAGUCCUGGAACGAAUUUAGAAGGGAUGUACCAAUAGUUCCUAUAAGCUAGAAAAACUGAAAAAUAAAACGUGUUUUCAACACGAAGGGAAGAUAUUAUCCGAGUGUGGAUGUGUGUUACCAUUCCGAAUGUUUUGUUUCCCAAGUUUAAAGAGAAAUAGCGAAAAAAGAAAACACUGGAUUAGUCAGCUUAGACGAGAAGGAAAGAAGAAAGGAAGUGCAUGGGAACCUGGAACUGCUGAUAGAGUAUGCUCUGAUCAUUUUGUUGAUAAAAUACCAACUGUUAUGAACCCUAAUCCAACAAUAAAUAUGGGUUUUGAUCAACCUGUACAAAAAAAAGCUAGAAGAACAUUAUUAAAGCACCCAAUCACUUCUUUACAUUGUUCUAAUAAAAUGCAGCCUGUAGAACCUUUGUUGACUGAAAAAAGUAAUGUCACCAAGUUUCCAAGUGUUAGUUUUAAUGCAGAUGUUUUGUCACCUAUAUUAUCAGACCAUACCUAUUCAAUGAGUUUACCACUACCUAAUAAAUGUACUUCAUGUGAAUACAAAUCUUCACUUAUCACCUCUUACGUGAGUAAAGUAAAUAGCCUUACUAAUCAAUUAAAAAAAUUAAAAAUAAAACAAACAGUCAAGUCUAAACAAAAAUUCUCUUGGAGAUUAGUUAACAAUGAUAAGAAAAUGAACUUUUAUACUGGUAUAUCUUCCAUAGCUAUUUUUAACGUUAUUUUUGGUUUAUUAAAACCAUUUUUACCCUCAAUUCGUUAUUGGAGAGGCCCAAAACAUUCACAUAGCAAAGUUAAGCAACUCAAAUCUGUAUCUAAAUGUAAACUGUUAUCACACAGAGAAGAACUUUUAAUGACACUUAUGCGGUUGCGCUUAGGUUUAUUAAAUGAAGAUAUGGCUGAUCGUUUUGGUAUUUCAAAAUCUUUGUGUUCUAAUACUUUUACAACUUUUAUUAGAAUUAUUGCUAAUAUUCUUGGACAAGCUAUUAUUGUUUGGCUGCCAAAUGAAGUCAUAAAAAAAAACUUGCCACAGUCUUUUGUGAAAGCAAAGCAUCACAAGUGUAGAGUGAUUCUUGAUUGUUUUGAAAUAUUUAUUGAACGUCCAAAUUCCAUUUACAACCAAGCAGUGACUUGGUCUGAUUAUAAGCAUCACAACACUGUGAAAGUAUUAAUUGGUAUAGCACCAAAUGGAUACAUAACGUUUCUAUCCAAAUGUUACGGUGGCAGGGCAUCAGAUAAAUUUAUUACAAGUGACAGUGGUUUUUAUGAUCUGUUGGAAAGAGACGAUGAGGUGAUGGCAGACAGAGGAUUUCAAAUAAGAGAAGAAUUAUUAUUUCGUUAUUGCAGCUUAUCAGUCCCACCAGGUGCAAGAGUAAAAAGUCAAAUGACUGCAAGUGAAUGUAAGAAGACUACUGAUGUUGCUAACUUAAGAAUUCACAUAGAAAGGGCUAUAAACAGAAUAAAAACUUUUCGAAUAUUAAAAAAUGUAUUACCUAUUUCAAUGCUUCAUCAUAUGGAUGAUAUUAUUUUAUUGUGUGCAGCUUUGUGCAAUUUAAAGCCUGCUUUAAUAAAAAAAAUUGUUUAAAAUGUAUAUAUAUUUUUUAAUUUAGUACUACUCUUAAAUGCUUAAUACAAGAAAGGGUGUAUAUUUUAUUUCUGACCUUAUAAAUAAUAAUCUUAAUUUAAGGGUUGGCUUUUUUUUUUUUUUACAGAACUUGCAUAAAUCAAUUUAAGUUAGUGUGGAUUGUGGUCAACUGUGCAUCUUUAACAACUGUUUUAUAAUUACAAUAAUACUUUAGAGGAGCUGUG